AUGCUCCCAUAUGUGGAAAUAUUGAUGUCUCUCUUGACUCUUCUUACCUUGAAAUUUGUAUUCAUAUCAGUCUUUUUCUCGUUGUUGCUUCCAAUAUUAUGUAAAGUAUGCAAAGCACCAAAAGUGUCACCACAUGGCCCUCCAACAUAUCCUAUAAUCGGCUGCUUGAUUUCAUUCCAUAAAAACCGCCAUCGUUUGUUGGACUGGUACACGGAGCUCCUCGCAGAUUCAGCCACCAACACGAUCGUCUUGAACCGGCUUGGUGCUCCAAGAACCAUCGUAACUGCGAACUCGAAGAACGUCGAAUACGUGCUCAAAACCAACUUCAGCAACUUCCCUAAAGGCAAACCUUUCACUGAAAUCCUAGGUGAUUUUCUUGGCUACGGGAUAUUCAAUGUGGAUGGUGAGCUUUGGCGGAUGCAAAGGAAGCUAGUCAGCCAUGUUAUUGGCUCCGGUUGUUCGAGCGAAUUUAUGGUUAGGGCUUUGAAGGACGAGGUUGAAAAUCAGUUGUUACCGUUGUUAGAGUCAUUGGCUGAUACAUCAAAAGUGGUAGACCUGCAGGAGUUGCUAAAAAGACUUGCGUUCAAUAUGAUCUGCAAGGUCUCAUUAGGGGUGGAUCGAUGUUGUUUGGAUCCUUCUCAACCUGUUUCAGCUCUCAACAAAGCUUUCGACACGGCGUCGGAGAUAUCCGCCAAGCGUGGCGCUGCUCCUUUGUUCUUGGUUUGGAAGGUUAAGAAAUGGGUCGGGGUUGGAUCGGAGAAACGGCUCAAGGAUGCAGCGGAGGAAGUCCGUGCAUACGUUGAGGGAAUCAUUCGUGACAAGAAGAUAAAGAUGGAUGAAAGCGGAGACAAUCACGGUGAAGAGAAUCUCUUAUCGAGGCUGAUAAUCGCCGGUAACGAUGAGGAAGCGAUAAGAGACAUGACCAUAAGCUUCAUCAUGGCAGGAAGGGAUACAACUUCAGCUGCAAUGACAUGGUUUUUCUGGUUGCUUUCCUGCCAUCCAGCUAUAGAGCAAGAACUAGUGAAAGAGAUAAACACCGUGGAGAAAACUAGCUUGUUAGAUUAUGAAUCAUUGAAGGGACUUAAAUUGUUGAAAGCAUCUCUUUGUGAAUCAAUGAGGCUUUAUCCACCAGUAGCCUGGGACUCAAAGCAUGCCAUGGUCGACGACCUAUUGCCCGAUGGCACUCCAGUCCGUGCCGCAGACAGGGUAACCUAUUUCCCCUAUGGAAUGGGGAGGAUGGAAGCAUUGUGGGGAAAAGACUGGCAUGAGUUCAGACCCAGCCGAUGGUUUACCGAACCGACAAGCUACCAUGGAGGAUCACUAAAGAAGGUUUGUCCAUUCAAGUAUCCGGUGUUUCAGGCAGGUCCAAGAGUUUGCCUUGGGAAAGAGAUGGCAUUCAUUCAGAUGAACUAUGUGGUGGCUUCCAUACUCAGGCAGUUCGAAAUCAAACAUUUUGUUUCUGAAAAACCGGUCUUUGUGCCUCUCUUGACGGCUCACAUGGCCGGCGGACUGAAGGUUGAGAUUCAGAAAAGAGAUAUUCAAGAUAAUAUCAGAAUUUAG